CUGUCGCGACCCCUGCUGGAAUAGAUGGAGAAUAACAACGUGAGUCAAAUAUAUAUCUAUGGUGUCAUGACGAACGAUUCUUCUGAGUGGCUCCACGUAUAGAGGGAAGCGCCCGACUUCUUAAGUGUUGAAGUGCACGAGGCAACAAGCGCCUCAGCGAUUUCAGCCAGUUCGAAGGCGAUCGUACAGCACUACCGUACAAAUACGAUAUGCAUAGUAUCUGCGCCAAUAGUGCAAUCGAUAGAACGAGUGAGAUCGGACGUGUGUGUGCGUGUGUGUUGCGUGCGCGUACGUGGAAACGAUCGCGCGCUCACGAGCACUUUCGGUAGUUUCACUGAGUUUACAUCCGGGUCUUUUCCCUAGGCAAUGGGAGUCGCAGUACCGCCGUUCCUUAGGCAAAGUGAAAUAAAUUCGCCGCACCGACACAAAAACUAGUCCGCUUCGAGAAGACAUCUUUUUGCGGGCCGGCGAGGCCGAUCGGUGCCGUCCGACACACUUUCGGAAACGGAGUCACCGAUGUCGACGACUCGGUGCCAGCCAAAGCGGCUUUUUGGAGACGAAGAAGUAGUUUUGUUGGGCCUUCGUGUAGCUCUGCGGCGGAGUGAUAUGAGCUGUGCGCAGGCUGAGCUGAAUGAGAUUGAACAAGAGUUCUUGUUUUGUAGCUUCAGUUUGUGUCUUUUCUCACGAAUUUGCCCAAACUACGUCCAAAAUUGAGCAACUAAGUCAAGGUGCCGGGGAAGGAGCGAGUGGAACUAUUUGUGGGCUCUUGUUCCAUCGUGGAUCGGCUAGUUGGAGAUAUAUAUUGAAUUAAUCUGGAGGAGGACUGCUGCUGAGGCAGGGAGGGCAGAGGGGCGGAGUCCAGUCCCACAGCCGGGUGCAGCACGUUCAUGCUUCAGUUGGAUGCUUUUCCCACCGGAGACGGCGUUCAGGCUGAUCCAUCAGCUGAAAGACUGACUGCGUCAAUGAUGGAAUUACAGACGUUGCAGGAGGCUUUGAAGGUGGAGAUCCAGAUCCAUCAGAAACUGGUGGCCCAGAUGAAGCAGGACCCUCAGAACGCAGAUCUGAAGAAGCAACUUCAUGAACUCCAAGCAAAGAUCACCGCACUGAGUGAGAAGCAGAAAAAGGUGGUCGAGCAGCUGAGGAAAGAGCUGCUGGUCAAGCAAGAACCAGAAGCCAAAGUGCAGCUGCAGGUCCACGCGCCUCCUGUGGGGGGCGAUGUCAACAAGCCCACCAACCUGGUGCAGAGCCAGCAGAUUCCUGCGGGGCUGCAGCAGACGCUGACAGUGACGCCGGUCCUCACCACCAAGACGCUACCUCUGGUGCUGAAAGCUGCGGCCACGCCCUCCCUACCCGGCUCCAUCCUGCCGCAACGCCCGGCCACUGUCACCAUGGUAACCACCGCCAUCUCCAAACCCGACGCGCACAAUGCCCCCAUCAACCUGCAAGUGGCGGGCAAACUAAGCGCUCACAGUUUGGAACCACUGAGGCUCGUUUCCAAGAACGCCAUGCUGCAGGUCAGACCAAAGCCCGCCUUGCCUGCCAACAUCCCCAUCGCCCCUGCGCCUCCCCCGCCCAUGAUGGCGGCGCCACAACUGCUGCAGAGGCCCGUCAUGUUGGCCACCAAGCUGUCGCCUUCGCUUUCGUCCGCCGCGCCCAUUCACCAGCUGCGCAUCGUGAACGGACAGCCCUGCGUCAAGACGGGCGCCGCCCCUUUGACCGGCAUCGUCAUCGCCACGCCCACCACGGCCGCCUGCCUCGCCAGCCCCGCCCGUGCGCCCGACCCCGCCGCCGCCCCCGCCCAGCCUCUCCAGAUCAGCGCCGUGACCGCCGAGCCCAAGCAGACUGUUAAAUCAGGAGGCGGAGCCGAGCACAAGCUGGUCGGCACGCUCCCCUCUUCGUCGACUCCGCCCUUGUCUCCGCCCCCCAGGCCCAAGAAGGAGGAGAGUCCGGAGAAACUGGCCUUUAUGGUGUCCUUGGGUCUCGUAACGCACGACCACUUGGAAGAGAUUCAGAGCAAAAGGCAGGAGAGGAAGAGGAGAACGACGGCGAACCCGGUUUACAGCGGCGCCGUGUUUGAGCCUGAGAGGAAAAAGAGCGCUGUGAGUUACCUGAACAGCCCUCUUCACCUGGGGACCCGGAAGAGAGGUCGCCCACCCAAAUACGGCGGCGUCCCGGAGCUGGGCUGCCUCACCCCGACCUCCCCCUCCAGCCCCGCCCACCUGAACAGCCUCUCGGCCAAAUUAACACACAUGACCACCGGCCCCCGACUAAAGCCGGCCGCUCCUCUGCCUGGCGGGCGGGCGGGCGGGCGGGCGAGCGGGGCGACUGAUUGGUCCAAUUCUUGCUCGCAGGGAGACAUCCAUGAGGACUUCUGCACUGUGUGCAGACGCAGUGGCCAGUUGCUCAUGUGCGACACGUGUUCUCGUGUCUAUCACCUGGACUGCCUGGAACCGCCCCUGAAAAGCAUUCCUAAAGGCAUGUGGAUCUGUCCCAAAUGCCAAGAUCAGAUCCUCAAGAAAGAAGAAGCCAUUCCGUGGCCCGGAACGCUGGCCAUCGUCCACUCCUACAUCGCCUAUAAAGAAGCGAAAGAAGAAGAGAAGCAGAAGCUCAUCAAGUGGAGUGCAGAACUGCGGCUGGAGCGUGAGCAGCUGGAACAACGAGUCAAGCAGCUCAGCAACUCCAUCACGAAGUGCAUGGAGACCAAGAACGGCAUCCUGGCUCGCCAGAAGGAGAUGCAGCUGUCCCUGGACAAAGUCAAACAUCUGGUUCGCCUCAUCCAGGCCUUCAACUUCAACCCGGCGGCUUCCGACCCCAAUGGCAGGGACGUACGAGUCCAAGAUGCCACGGUGCCGCCCGAAGCCGAGCCGGCCUCGCCUCAUGUUGAGCCGACACCGCCAGAGGUGGAAGCCAGCGAUGCGGCUGAGAGCGACAAAGCUGGGGAGCGGGCGCCAGAGAGGAGCGAGACCACCUCUGGGGACGCCGACUGUCACGACGGCGUCACGCGUGGACCGGAUGAUAGAGGAGGAGCUCAGACAGAACCUGCCGUAUGGGCGGAGGGUGCGGCGGAGGGCGAGACUGUCGCGUCUCCGCAGGUGGACGCGGCGACUUCCUCGGAGGCGCCGACGCCGGCCACCGCCAACGGUACGGGUGAGCUGCCGCCGCCGCGCCCCCCCUCCGCCGCGGACGUCCCCGCCGCCGACUCUGAGAACAAAAUGUCCAUCACCGGCCCUUCGGAGACGGCGACGCGGGACAAACGGGACAUCAACGACAGCAACAGCAAAACCUCAGAACCCUCCCAGCAUUGUGUGCCAGCAGAGUGAGCGUCGCUUUCACGUGGAAUGCGAUACCAGGGGGGGGAAAAAAAAAAAGUUGCCAAUGUGUGUAAAUGUCGUUUGUUUGCGUCGUAUCGUCAGCCUGUGUCGAUGGUAGAUAGCGGCCUGGUCGCGCGCUCGCGGCCACUUAGCCAUAGACGUUGUCAUGGGAACGCUCGAAAGGAGACUGAAUCCAUCACACCAGAGUGUGCCUGUCCCGACGGUCUUGGGUGGGAGUGCGCGCGGUCGCGGAGUGGCGGACGGGGGCCACGCCGCCCGCCCGUCCCCCUCGGAGAGCAGUCCAUGAGCGGUCGGUGGGGGUCCCCCGUCCGAUCCUGCUUAAGGGCAGCGUCCUUCAAACAAAGAAGUGCUUCAAGCGGACAAGGAGCACGACAUCAUCAUCACCGUCUUCAUCGUGGUCGUGAUCCAACAUGGUUGUCCCGGAGCUUCACCCCAAGAGCGCCGCCCACUUAACUCUCUGAUGCCGUCAGUCACUUCUUUGUUUGAAGACUCCAGGCCUUCCCCCACCUGUUCUAGAGACUGUAGCCCCGCCCUCCCACGAAGGUGGGCGCGGAGGAGGCGGAGCCAGAGCGGUGUUGUUGUUGUGAGUCGUCAUUGGUGUGUCCAUGUGAUGUGCUUUUGUUUUUCUAGGACAACGUGUUCACGUCUUCCUGGUGUUGGGAAUUAAGUGCUUUGUGUUUUGCUCCGCCCCACCACCAUCUUCAACUGCCAAACGCAUCAAAUGCGCCGGGGGCGGAGCUAAAGCUUCCGCUUAACGGCGACAAAAAAAAAAAAAAAAGCACAAGUUGGUUUCUUCUUCUGGUUCUGUGAUGCCACCUGACUCCUCCCACUUUAGAGGAAGCACAAGAAGAGCCUGCAGGGGGCGCCGUUCACUUCCCGCUUCAUCAUUCAUGGUGCCUCUUUUGUUUGCGUUUUUUUCUUUUUGUCCACUUUUGAGGUCUCAUGACUCGUGUCAGCCAAUUAGCAUAUCUCAUAGUCACCACCCCCCCCACUCCCCAGUAGGUACCUCGAGUGCCUUCUUCGAUUUGUCUUGACUUGCACUGUGACGCGUGGACCCGCCCAUUCACCUCAUUGGCCGCUCAGUGUUUUACUGCCUUAAAUGUUUUUUUUUUGUUUUUUUACCUGAUCAACUCGCUCAUUGAGGGGUCAAAGGUUGCCAAGUCUGCCGGGUUGUCCUGAUGACAAAGCCCAGGCGGUGAUGCACUUUUUCACUUGAGCAGUAUUAUAACAAAAAAAAUGUGACCCGACCCCCCCCCCCCACCACCCCAUCAAUGCAUGCCUUCUUAUGCAAAUUUUAUACACAAGUUAAUGAUGCAUUCCUGUUUAUUGUUUCAUUCAUUUUGCUUUUGGAUUUUUGGGUUGGUUUGGAAUGGGCGGAGCCAGUAGGAGCUGUCGUCUGAGUGGGCGGAGCAAAAAAGGGCCCAUUCAUCCAAAGAACACAGAUGACACCUGCUCACGGGAGGGAAAUGCGGCAUUGCUGAGAGUCAAAAGUGUCCGUUUGCCAGCGUCUAGUCAUGACUGUGGCCUUCGAGUGUUGUCCUCACGUGACCCUGUGAUCCCCACACCUGACAAUUUUUUUUUUUUUUAAUCCAUGUGCUCAGACGCAUUGUAGCGCUCCAAAUAAAGAACAAGUGUACAUCGGGAAUCUUUGUAUAAUUGUUUGUAUUUUUUCAUAAUUUUGGAAAGGAAUGUGUUUAUUUUUUUGGACUUGUGUUCCACACGUGUCUUCUGUUGGCCAUGUUGGUGGGAUUCUUACCUCUGUAUUGAGCCUCCUCUUCUUGUGAUGAUGAUGAUGAUGCAGUGUUUCACUAAAUACUGUUGCUAGGUUACAGGAUGGCACCAAGCCACCACUAGGAGCAUUUGAUCAAUUUCUAUUUAUUUAUUUUAUCAGUUUGCUAAUAAAUCCUCAAAACCAUCA